AACGACCAACCCCCUUGUUCUCCUUCUGCUCUCGAGCCCGACGCUUCAGUGCUAUUAUUAAUCCAGAAGAGAAGAACAAAAGGAGAGAGCUCAGCUCAGAUAUACCCGGAUUUGAGAAACCACUUUCUCCUCACAGCAACCAAUGGGGUUCUUCUCCUUCCUCGGCAGAGUCCUUUUCGCUUCCCUCUUUAUCCUCUCCGCUUGGCAAAUGUUCAAUGAAUUUGGCGAGGAUGGUGGUCCUGCUGCAAAGGAGUUGAUACCCAAGCUUGCAAUUGUGAAGAAACACCUUUCCUCCACACUGGGGGUAGGAUUACCAGAUAUCGAUCCUAGAAAUCUUGUAGCAGCUAUUAUUUUCCUGAAGGGUGUCGGAGGCCUUCUCUUUGUGUUUGGCACCCCAUUUGGUGCAAAUCUCUUGCUUCUCCACUUGGCUGUCUCUUCUCCACUUCUUUAUGACUUCUACAAUUAUGGAAUCGAUGAGCCUGGGUUCUCCAUUCUCCUAAAUGAAUUCUUACAGAGUGUUGCACUCUUUGGCGCAUUGCUCUUCUUUUUAGGGAUGAAGAACUUGAUUCCAAGGAGACAAAUCAAGAAGAAGGCCCCCAAGGCAAAAGCGGGUUAAGCAUGUCAAAGACUCAACAUUAGUGAAUACGCCGAAUAGAUUAUCUAUGCAGGUGCUGAAAUUAAAUUGGGUGUCGACGGGCUGCACAUAUGAUUAUAUCUAUGGAUGUCUUUUUGAUCUCUCUACGCCAGAACAAAAAUUUGUAUUUCUUUCUUUUUUGGGGUUGUUAGAUUUGAUAGUGAUAAUUAAUGGGGCGAGAUAUUGUCAUCUCACAGCCUGAAUUGGCACAUUCAUACAUUCCAUUUUGUCCAAUAGAAUUUCUGUUUAAGCAAAAAUAUUUAUGAUUCUCAUGA